UGCGCACUAGGUACUCAAAGCACAACCCUGUGUAGUGUGUUUUGUAAUGGACGAUUAUUGCAAUUGGGAGCAGUGGCUGUGAGAGUAGUUCUCUUUCUCUCUCCAUCCCCCUUGCCCUGGCGCCUGAGAAACAGAGCAUCCCCAUGGCAACAGCGGCAGCUGGUCCCUUGAUAAGAGGAGCUAGAGCCGGGCAGCAGCAGCAGCAGCCACUGCAGCAGAGCAGCCGGCCCAGCUUCAGGCAGGACACGCGCCCUCCCUGCCUCUUCAUCCCAGCACCUGCACUGAUUGUGCCACGGAAUAAAUACACACAGCCGCCCACCUUUGAUGAUGUCCACUGAGCAAAUGCAGCCACUGGAGCUCUCAGAAGACAGACUGGACAAGCUUGACCCUCGUUGCAGCCACUUAGAUGAUCUUUCAGACCAGUUCAUUAAGGACUGUGAACUCAAAAAGAAGCCAAGAAAGGGGAAAAAUGUACAGGUCACCCUGAACAUCGAGUCAGACCAAAAAAAACCAAGGAGGAAAGAUACACCAGCGCUGCACAUCCCACCGUUUAUACCAGGUGUGCUUUCUGAACACUUAAUUAAAAGAUAUGAGGUCCAAGAGAGACAUCCAAAGGGCAGAAUGAGUCCAGCCCUCCAUAACACUGACCUGGAACAGAAAAAGCCAAGGAGAAAAGACACACCUGCCCUGCACAUGUCCCCUUUUGCAGCAGGUGUGACACUGCUCAGGGAGGAGAAACCCAAAGUGAUCAUGGAAGAUGACGAAAAGGAUGGUGAUGGUGACAAGAUAACUAUUUAA